UUUGAAACGGCGCGAGGUACAAACUCGAAGUGUCCCACAGGAAAAAUCGUUACUCGAAUUUUCGCGUUACGAAAACAAACUCGUGCGAUUUUCAAAAUGUGAUCGACUCUUCCUUUCCCGACUAUUAUUUCACCAAAUACAAAUUUCACCAGGGAGCCAUAAUGAGAGUUUGGAAGGAGAUGAAAUUUCUAGUUCUUCUAGGAAUAAACAGCGUCAUUUUACAAAUUCUUCAGUGCAUCGUUUUGGCAGGUCCCGCAAGGAGAUCGAGUCGGAUGAUAAGGGAAGUCUAUCCGGAAAUUGAAACGGAGAAACUCCAAACAAAUCAACCCGAAGUAUGUAUCGUUGGCGAUGUUGUCUAUGGCGCCGAAGAGCCGGUUCCAGCAGAUCAACCCUGUCUCAAAUGCAAGUGUGAACCACCAGGAGUUCAAUGCGAAACAACAAGAUGUAUUAAAAAACCUGGUUGUAAAGCUAUACAUAAACCUAAUGAGUGCUGUCCGGAAUACCAAUGCGAAUGCGAACACAGGGGUCGAUUUUACGCAAAUGGAGAGCGAAUAGAAACUCCAGCUGGAGGCGAAUGCAAAGUGUGCUAUUGUCGAGGCGGUGAACUUCAAUGUGCGGAAGUAAGCUGUUACAUAAGGACGGACUGUGAAGGUCGUACAGUUCCAGGACAAUGCUGUCCCAAAUACGAUCAUUGUCCUCCGCGAGAACCGAUCCUUGACCACGUGCCGUAUACGACGCCAUCAAAUUCUGAAGGUAGCGCCGACCCGUCCUCGCCCAACACGUCUUAUGAAAUCCAACUAACUACAUCCAUGACCCAUCUUCAAGAAGAUUUUCAAACUCCACCAGAGAUUAGGCUUAUCGAUUCGUCAGUAGAAACCAACAUACAGGAUAUACCGAAAAUAACGAUACAAGAAAUAAUUCCCGAAAUUAAGGAAAUACCCAUAACGGGGCCACCGAAACGAGAAAUAAAUCUAUUGACGCAAAGUCAGGUUUUGGACGCGCAAAUCACUAACAAACUUCACAAGGACGAUAUAAGCGACACUGAGACUGAAUCCAGUGAGAUUUCAGAAAUUUACCAUCACCCGCCUCCCAUUUUAAAAAUUGGUGAUCAACUCCUCGUCCUUAAGAAGGGAGAGUUGAUUCCUAGAAAGGGCAGUACACCGCGACCUGUAAUUACUGUGAUCGGCGCCGAAGGCUUACAGCGAGGUACUGAGGAUAGCGGCGAAACACACGAAGUGGUGGUUCAACGAAACGAUGACUCCAGGAUUAAUUAUACGGAUACACCAACACCAUCAGAUAAGGUAGAAGCUGUAAGUGUCACAGAGACUAACGUCGAGGCUACAACAGCCUCGUACCAAGUAACUACUGUAGAUGUGUCUAAUUUCACAAAUUCUGAUGUUAACACCACGGUGGAGCAGACAGCAGGUGCUUUGGAAAGAGUGAAGACGCUUACUCACUUUGAAGCUACAACCGAAAUAGUGGACCAACAAAUUUACUCUAACGAAACCACGACAGCUGACGCCCAAAACACUACCGCGCAAGCAGAUUCGUCUUCAGUUUCCGUUUCCACAGAGAUCUCCCUGCAAGUUCCAGAAGCGUCAGUACCCCUCAACGAAUUGUCCAAACACAAACACGACGAUGAACUUAUUGACCAAAACCCCGAAUAUCCUCCAAUUCCAGACAUUAUGACCCCACAAAACAUAGAAGAGGAACACUCGGACUUAGAGGACGGGCAAGACACAAAUAGGUCAGGACAUCCGCUUAUAAACACAAACGCUUCCUUACCAUCCUUCCUCUUGGAAGAAACUGCGCCUUCGGACAUAAAUCCGCAAGACAACAGCUCAAGGAAGGACCCAACAACGGAGACGGAAGGCUCCAAAGAAACCGUCGAAGACACCUCAGAAGAAAGCGGCGAAUUAACAACGCCACCCAGCAGCUAUCCUGCGCCGAUGCUAUCGGUCGAAGACGCCAGCAUCGAAACGGUCACAGCAAAUUCGUCCGAACUAGUCGAAAUCAUUCGAGUCACAGAGAACACGCGAAUGACACCGGACGUGGAAAUCAUCGACCCCCAAAUGCUCACGAACAUGACGAAGGAGAACGAGAGCGACAAAAUCCCAGAUCGCUCGGUAAAGGAAUCGGAGACCAUAUUCAAGAAACUGAAUCAUCAGUUAAGUCUUAACGAGAACAGAACGGCGGACAAGGACGCCGAGGCGAUCUUCAAGGAGCUGCUAGAGGAAGCGACCUCGUCGAUGCCGCCCCUAUUGGAAGGGCGCGAGACGGAAUCGGAUCUCUUUAAAAAGGUCAGCGAGGCCAUCGCCAAAUACCAAAAGAAGGAGACGAAAGAGUCGCUCGACGUCAGCAUACUCGGUAUAUUAAAGGAUUUCUUCAACUCGCAAUACAAAAAUGAGGAAAAAGCAAAUUAG